GUUGGAUUAUGGUGGCAACAUUCUUCUCCAUCUUCCACCAUUUUCAUUAGUUUUUUCAUAUAUUACUUGCUUCUUUCUUCGUCAUGUCACUUACUGGUAAACUCAUCAUUGAAAUUGGAGUUCAUGCAACUGCUGCAAAGUGGUUCAACCUAUUGGCAACGCAACUCCACCAUGUUCAAAACCUUACUGAUGCAGUCCUUGAAAUAAAAGCCUGGCAUCACAAUGAGUCCAUCAAUCAAUGGACAAGUACCAUAGAUGGUAAGGCUACAAAAUAUCUCGAGAGUGUUGAAUCCGCUGAUGAAGACAACAAAACAAUAACCUACAAAAUCUUCGGGGAAGAUUUCGAGCACAAAUUUAAGGUUUUUAAGCUAAUAUUUCAAGCAAUUGAUAAAGAUGAAGGUGGUGGCGUCAUCAAAUGGAUCAUUGAAUAUGAAACUAAAAGUGAGGAAUUUGAUCCUCCUUUUGGCUUCCUCGAAUUCGUGUACAAAGGAAGCAGAGAUGUUGAUGCCAAUCUUAUCAAAGCAUAGCUCCAAAAGUUAUGAAAAAAACAACAAAUAUAUGAAAUAUCAAAUAAUGAAGUUGGCUGAAAGAAUGAAGUGACUCUAUGUACAAUAAAUUCGUGUGUUGGUACUUUGUUUGUGUGGAAUAAACAUGAACAUGCAUGUUCAUAAUGCCUCUGGCGUGUAAUAUACAGUAUAUGUUGAAGU